CUCUUCUCUCUCUCUCUUUUUUUUUUUCCAGAAGUUAAGCAGAACCUUUUUUGGUCUCCAGAACGAUCCAGCAAGAAACAUCCUGCACGUGAUCUGAUGCUUCCGUUGUUCCUCCCUCAAGAACUAAUGAUCAUUCUGAUGUGCUUCUGAUGAGUGUUAAAUUCUCCAGCACCUGUUUGAGCAACAUGGAUCACAAAUGAGCACCAACCAGCUGAUGGGCCGUCCAAUACACAUGAGUUAUGGAACCGUCGGUGAAGUGUGGAGGAACAUGUGCAAUGGCUGGUCACACAAAAGGCUUGCCAGUGUAGAAUGGUCAGAGAUAGCACAGCCAUACUGGAUACAGCAGAACAAAGGACACAUCCAGAACGCAUCCAUGCAGCCAAGGCACAGAACCAAAGUUCACCUCCUGCAGAAACUGCAGGACCUGAAAAAGCGACACAGAAGUGCCAAGACCCAACUGUGACGCAUCUCCCUUUACAACAAUGGGAUCAAGUCCAGAGCGAACCCUUGUCAGACGAUGAACCAGAUGCUUGGAGACAGGCAGUGUUUGGGGCCGACAGCCUGCCCACACAUCUGCGCCCAUUCAGCAGCCAGGAAGAGUACAAACUGGUAAAAAGCACUCACAAACAGCUCCUGCACAGCGGUUACUACUGGGGGCCAAUGCCUGCGGAGGAAGCGCAUGGAAUACUGAAGAAGAUGCCGCUGGGAACCUUCCUCAUUAGAGACAGCGGACAGCCUGACGUUUUCUUCACACUGAGUUACCAAAGCGACGAAGGACCAACGAGUGUUCGCGUGCUCGUCAACAACCUCCUCUUCAGUCUGCAUGGCAGCCACAAGACGUUUACUUCACUUUUCGCCCUGCUUUGUCAUUACACCGGCUCAUCCUGCAAACUGACUGCGCCAUAUUGCCGACAGAGGCCGGAGCUCUUGAAGCAGAUUUGUAGGAAAGCCAUCAUUCGUACAUUUGGAGCAGAAAAUAUAAAGACAUUAAGUGGACUCAGCAAUCAAAUGAAAGACUACAUCUGUGCGUACCCUAACUGCAUAUGAAUGAUAUAUAUUUGUAAUAUAAGUUCUUUAUAGUAUACAGUAAUGAGGAUGAGGAUAAGCACCUCAAAAUCUGAGGUUGUGGUUUUCAGUAGGAAACCGAUGGAUUGCCUAUGGCGGUUAGGGAAUGAGGUCUUGCUCCAAGUGAAGGAGUUCAAGUACCUCAAGGUCUUGCUCAGGAGUGAGAGGAUAAUGGGGCUUGAGACUGGGUGGAGAAAUACUGUGUGUAAGAAUAGUUAGUCUUUUUUAUGUGUCUGGCAAUGAAAUACUGUGUGUUAGAGUUAAAGUCAUUUUAAUGUCUCUGUGGCAAUGAAAUACUGUGUGUAAGAAGAGUUAAAGUCCUUUUUAUGUCUCUGUGGCAAUGAAAUACUGUGUGUAAGAAGAGUUAAAGUCCUUUUUAUGUCUCUGUGGCAAUGAAAUACUGUGUAAGAAGUUAAAAAUGACAUUCAGAUUAUACAAAUAUUUUAGCACUUGUGUAUUGGCUACUCUUUUGAUGUUGCCUCUACCUACUUAACAGAUCAUAAGACUAAGCAUUUUAAAUUGUUUCCCCUGGGAUUUAAAUGCAAAAAAACCUUUAUUCAUUAAUAAAAGUUUAUUGUAAAUGAAAAUUAUGGUGUUUGGAAGUUAAUUACUUCCCAGUAUUUAAAUUUGUACUUCUUUUAAAUAUUUGAUUGUGGGAAAACAAAACAUUGCUUUCGUUUGCUCUCAUUCAUUUCUAUUUAACAAGGACAUUUUUGCCACUUUAUAGGUACAAUGGCAUCGUCGCUGGGGUGGUACCCCCAACGAGCACAAAUUUGUACCAUCUAAUGGGGUACCUUUUUGUACCAGCGGAUUAAGGUACAAAUGUAUUGCUAAGGUACAAAAUUGUUUCAUAAAAGGGUACAACUCUGUACCUAUGGUAAGGGUACCAUUGCUGUACCCUGAGGGUACCAUCCCAGCGACGAGCUAUUUGUACCUUGAAGGGAACAUAUUUGUACCUAAAAGGCACAAACUGUAGGGGUACUUAUUUGUACCCAUUAAUAUGGUACAAGGUUGUUCUCCUUCGGGGUACUGCCCCAGCGACGAGCAUUUGUACCUUUUUUUUUUACUUUUCUGUACCUUAUUUCUGAGAGUGUGCAGUAUUGUUGUGACAAAAAGGGAGCUGAGCCAAACGGCGAAGCUCUCAAUCUACUGGUCAAUCUUCGUUCCUACUCUCACCUAUAGUCAUGGGGGUUGGGUCAUGACGAAAAAUACUAGAUUGCAGGUAUAAACAGCUGAAAUGGGCUGCCUCUGGAGGGUGGCUGCUGUCUCCUUUAGACAUAAGGUGAGAAGCUCAGUCAACCGUGAGGAGCUUGGAGUAGAGCCGCUGCUCCUUCACAUUGAAAGGAGCCAGCUGAGGUGGUUCGGGCAUCUGGUAAGGAUGCCUCCUGGGCACCUCUGUAAGGAGGUGUUCCAAACACGUCCAGCUGAGAGGAGACCCCGGGGAAGACCCAGGACUAGAAGGAGAGAUUAUAUCAUCACACUGGCCUGGGAACGCCUCGGUAGACCCCACUCAGGUGGUCAAUGUGGCCCAGGAAAGUGAAGUUUGGGGUCCCCUGGUGUUGCCCCUGCGACCCGAUCCCGGAAAAGUAGUUGAAGAUGAGUGAGUGAGUGAGUGAGUGAGUAUACUUUAAUAUUUUAAGUCAUAAAAAAUGUUUGUGUAUUCAGUUAUUUGUGCAUAGGAUUCAGCAGUGCAAUUUGUGCAUGUUGUGUUUUGUGUGUGUGUUUACAUGAACAUUUGGGAUCAUUACAAAUAAUCAUUUUUAUGGUAUUGCAGUCAAUGGAAGACAUUAUCAUAAAACAUCAAGAGAUCUUGCAACUGCUGGCUUUAUGACGUCACAGUGCAACGUGUGCUGCUGUUUACAGCUGCACUAAUGGAUUUGGACCAGUAGAGGGCAGAAAAAAACACCAAAACGCACCGACAGCUUGACAGCCAGCUGCAAACAUUUAAGCAAACUACUGCGUAUGAUAUCAAGCAAAGGCCAAGGUUCACAUCCUGCUGCAAAAUAUCGUCCAAUAUUUGCUCUCCUUAAACUCAAAUCCACACAACAGAUGUGCAGAAU